AUGAGAGCAGCAGCUGGACUCGGCUCGCCUCGGCCGGUGUGAACAUCCGGCUGGACUCCUGCAGCCCUCCGCACCUUUCAGAGUCCACAUCCAGGCUUUGAGUCCACAGAGCUGCUGUCCAUCCCUGCACACACACACACACACACACACACACACUCUCACACACUCAGUCAUGAUGGAGUCUAUCUUAGACAGCCUAACGGCGGAGAAGCUGUACCCGUCUGCAGGGAGCAACCUGUUGGACCUGGAGGAGCUGAGCGACGGAGAUUUCCUCACGAAUGUGCCUUUCUCAGGUGACCAGAUGGACGACUUCAGCAGUGAAUUAUUCAACAGUUUCUUCGACGACCACCUAUUAGAGCGACCCCUGCUCGCGGAAAGGCCGUCCCUGUUACACAUCGAUAUGGACAGCAGCCCAGAUAUUCAAGCGGAGCACAGCUACUCUCUGAGCGAAGACUCCGCCCCCCAGAGCCCGGCGCUGUCGAUCAAAAUGGACCAGGAGUCAGAGUUUGAGUGGAGCUUCAGUCAGGACCUGUCGGCCAUCUUGGUGAAACAGGAGGAGCCGGACCUGGGUCAGAGGUUAGACCCUCAGCCUCCGGAGGGCCCGCCGCUCAUACUGAGCCCUCCCCCGCCACACAGAGGGUCGCCAUGGCGACGCACAGAGCGCUGUUCGGAUGACGUGAAGCCCGUCGCCAUCAAAGACGAACCCAAAGAGAUCGGACAGUACCUCAGCUUGCCCAGCGACGAUGCCCUCCAGCUGCCGCCCACCCCUCCCAGCAGUAACCACGGCGACAGCGACGGCUCCCUGCCUCCGUCCUCGCCGCUGCUCCCGCUGCCGCCGUCCUCCCCCCAGCCUCAGCAGAGGCCGGCGGGCCGCGCCUCCUCCUCGCCCUCCUCCUCCUCGGCCAUCUCCUCCUCGCCCCUCCUCACGGCGCCACAUAAGCUGCAGGGCUCGGGACCCCUCAUGCUGACGGAGGAGGAGAAGAGGACCCUGGUUGCGGAGGGCUACCCGGUCCCCAACAAGCUGCCCCUCACCAAGAGCGAGGAGAAGGCGCUGAAGAGGGUGCGGCGGAAGAUCAAAAACAAGAUCUCGGCUCAGGAGAGUCGAAGGAAGAAGAAAGAGUAUGUGGAAUGUCUGGAGAAGAAGGUGGAGAGCUACACCUCCGAAAACAGCGACCUGUGGAGGAAAGUAGACAACCUGGAGACUGCAAACAGGUCCCUCCUGCAGCAGCUGCAGAAGCUCCAGUCGCUGAUUUCAGGGAAGGUCGUCCCCCGUGCCUGUAAAAUGGCCUCGACCCAGACGGGAACCUGCCUCAUGAUGGUGGCCUUGUGUUUUGUCCUGGUGUUGGGCUCCUUCUCUCCCUGCAUCUCCCCGUUCUCCUUACUCACUCACUCCUCCUCCUCCUCCUCGUCCUCCUCCUCCCCCCCUCCCUCUCUUUCUGCUCCGUCGGCGGAUCUCUACACCACCAGUCAGGUCCGCUCCCGCAGCCUGCUGUUCUACGACGAAGGCUCUCCGCUGGAGCAGAGUUCGGAGGGCGAGCGGCGGCAGUCCGAGGCUCACUCCCACAUCCAGAGCGGCCGCUACACGGCCGACGGCCACAGGAACCGCUCCGGCGGGGAACAGUUCCACCGGAGAGAAACGAAACCGGACGGAGUCUCGGAGCUUUUCUGACACGGCCCGACCCCUCGCCACAGAGUCUUCUCACCUCUGACCUCCCGAACGACCCCGGCAGGGCUGAAAUCAGGCCGCCAGCGUCGCCCAGCAAGCCUCACCUGCCCUCAUCUUCACCUUCACACAGACCCUGCUAUACUUGAAUACUCUUAUUUUAAAGGGGGUUCUGCCUUUAUGCACUAAAGAUCUGGUUCAUGUUAGAAUACCCAUGUAGGUUGUUGAGAUUGUUUUGUACAAAACUUGAAGAACGUUCAGUUUAUGGGUUCUGUUUCAGAGUCUUCAGUUUCUCUCCAAACACUCAGACGUGUGCUUCAGAAGUGUUGCAUAACGAUCCAUUAGUUUUGGCUGCAGCAUCACACAAGCCGGUGUAAUUUCCACUUUACAAUCUGUCACGAGGGAAUUAUUUUAUGCCUCUACUUUUAAUUCUGUUUCCUAAAUUAUCACUAGAGCUGCAACGUUAAAAAGAGGCAUUACAAUAGACACAAUUAAAUGAGACCGAUUUCAUCCAAAGUCAAAUAAUAACUAAGAGAAAAUGAUUGACGACGAUCAUGCGUUACGUAACGUGAUUUCUGCAAGUUAACAAUCGACCUCCACUGUGAAACUGUAGUUUCUCCUGAAGUUUUCAAUGCCUGCGUUCCUCCAGGGAUGCUACAAACUCCUGGGAAACGUUCAAAAAUCCUGUCUUCAAUGUGCCGUUUGGAUGUUUUCUUGCACCUCGUAGCUGGCCUUCACUGCAGCGCCGCGUUACGCCUGCUGCUUAUCCUACAAACGCUAAUCCGCACCACAGAAAUCCUAAUUUCUUUAAUGCAUUGAAACCCUGCCUUAAAGAUUUAGUCCCGAACUCUCACUGCAAACCCAAAGAGAAAAACAUUUUUUUUGUCAUUUCUGCACGUUUCGGUCCAGAAAAUGAAGAAAGUCGUGCCGCUCUCAAAGUGCCUUCCCACCUGCCGAGCCUCGUUCUGAAUCCCAGCUGGCAGUGCACACUCGCAGGAGGUGACGGCGUCGCUGGUGGGAGCCGAUUUUCAACCGUUCACACCCUGAUCCCAUCUGAUCCAGUCAAAUCCAGGUUUUCUUUCAUUUUUUUUUCCUCUGGGGAAGAACCAUAUUUUCAUACCAAGGGAUUAAAAAGAGGUUGAGAAGAACAUAAAAGUAUUUUUAUGGAGUUAUAAAUUGUAUAUAUAAUAUAUUUGCAGCAUCAAAAAAAGAGCAUAUUUAAUUUAUGCAGCAAAAAAAAAACUGAACUUGUUUUUAAAGUUACUUUAUCUGGGUUUUUUUUUACAUAAUGUUAAAAAAGAACACAAAAAUACAAUGUAUAAUAUAUUCAGAGCAUCAAAAAAGAGCAUAUUUAUUUUAUGCAAACAAAAAAAAAAAGGACCAUUUGUGUGUUUUUUUGGCAUUGAGGAUGAUGUGAGGCUUUACAUGCUGUAAAGCUUUGUCAUGAUCUGUUUGUCUUUUAACUGUAAUACAGUGUUCAUGUUUCACUGCUGUCGCAUGAGAAAUACCCCAAGGGGCUUUUUUUUUAGGUGGGGGGGGGGUCUGUGAUUUAAAAACUGAAUUAGUUUGUCCAAUUUAGCCACAAAAAAAGCUGAUUUUUGUCCCAAAGUAAAAGGCUUUUUUUCCCUUAAAUUCAGAAUGUACAUUGUAACGCCGAUAUGAAAUGUUGUCAUGCGACAGCGGUGUGUGUUGUAUUUAUUGCCGUUUGUAGAAAGUGUGUAUAUAUUGAUGAAGCCAGUCAGGGUACGAACACAUUCCUGCGAGUAAAACACACCACUAGUUUUGCUUCAGCAUAAUUUGAACUUUUUUUUGUUUUUUUUUCCUAAUGACAGCAAUUUUAGUUUUAUCACCACUAUUCCGACAAUGUGAGGAAAACAAAAACCCAUAAACGUCACAUAAGGCCUUCAAAAUGAAAGUUUUUUUUUUUUUUAUUCACCCAGUUGCAAAACUUUUUUAAACCUUGAAAAAAAAAGACUUUUUGUAACUCAUACCUGGAUAAUUUCAUGUACACAAACACAAGACUGCAGCCCGUUGCACAGUUAUCCUGCCAUUUUUACCCAGAAUUCACCAGUGUACAUAAAGGAAGGAGAAAAAAAAAAAAAAAGAUGUAAUGUGCCGAUCUUGUAAAUAAGGGAUUUGUUUUUCUUUCGUAUUGUGACAUGAUCCGAGACUUUAACCUGUGGAAUACUUCUUG